AAAGGAAAUGAAAAUAAAUCCUACUCCUUUUUCUCUCUCCUAGCUCCAAAUAUGAAAACAAAUCACCUUUUUUAAGGAAAUAAAUUAUUUUUCGAAAAUUAAUUAAAUUAAUUUUCGGAAAAUAAAAAGAGUAAAAGGAGGAUCCCAAGGAUUGGAAGAUGGGGUAUAUAAAGGAGGCCAUCCCCAAACAAUCGGACUCAGAAAUAACAACAGCUCUCUUGUUUUCCCAACACCAUUCACACAACCAACCUCAACACAUUCAUAUUCCUAACAACAUUAACAACAACUAUAACAACACCAACAACAACGUUGCUAAUACCGAAUUUAUCAUACAAAACCCCUCUUCUCCUCUUUCUUCUUCUUUCUCUUCUCCAAAUAAUAAUUCAAUGUCGUCUUACGACCCAGAAAAUGGUGCUACUAAUGGCGCCGUUUCCGUCAACAACGAUAAUUCUAAUCAUCAACAAAAACAACAAACUGUUGUUGUUCCCGAAACUGCCCAUCAGAUCAGCACUGAUUCAUGGCUGCAAGCUGGGUUUGUUCUGACGACUGGAAUAAACAGUGCAUAUGUACUGGGAUAUUCUGGCGCUAUAAUGGUCCCACUUGGAUGGAUACCUGCAGUACUUGGUCUAAUUGCUGCUACUGUAAUUUCUCUCUAUGCUAAUGCUCUUAUUGCCAAACUUCAUGAGUAUGGUGGCAAAAGACAUAUCAGAUACAGAGACCUUGCUGGAUUUAUCUAUGGUCCAAGAGCCUAUUCACUUACAUGGGCUUUGCAAUAUAUCAAUCUUUUUAUGAUCAACACUGGUUUCAUUAUCUUGGCAGGUUCUUCUAUUAAGGCUGCAUAUGAGUUGUUCACUGAAAGUCAUGCACUGAAGCUUCCAUAUUGCAUAAUCAUCUCUGGGUUUGUAUGUGCCCUUUUUGCCAUUGGGAUUCCUCAUUUGUCUGCUUUGAGAAUUUGGCUUGGAGUUUCAACGUUCUUCGGUCUGAUUUACAUAGUAAUUGCUAUUGCUCUUUCACUUAAAGAUGGAAUCAAUUCUCCGCCUAGAGACUACACCGUACCAACUGAAAGAGGUAAAGUCUUUACAACUAUCGGAGCAGCUGCUAAUUUGGUCUUUGCGUUUAAUACAGGAAUGCUUCCUGAGAUUCAGGCAACAGUAAGAAAGCCUGUGGUUGGGAACAUGAUGAAAGCCCUGUACUUUCAAUUCUCGGCUGGAGUUGUACCCAUGUAUGCUAUUGUUUUUAUUGGUUACUGGGCAUACGGAAAUAAAACAGACUCCUAUUUGUUGAACAAUGUCCAUGGUCCUGUUUGGGUGAAGGCCUUGGCUAAUAUCAGCACUUUCCUUCAAACUGUCAUUGCUUUACAUAUAUUUGCAAGUCCAAUGUAUGAAUACCUUGACACAAGGUUUGGGAUCACAGGGAGUGCAUUCCAUCCAAAAAAUUUGGGAUCGCGAGUACUAAUCAGGGGAGGUUACCUAGCAUUGAACACUUUCGUCUCAGCUCUUCUGCCUUUCCUAGGGGAUUUCAUGAGCCUUACAGGUGCUAUCAGUACUUUCCCACUCACCUUUAUCCUAGCAAAUCACAUGUACUUCAAAGCGAAGAGGAACAAGUUGAGCAUGGCAAUGAAGAUAUGGCUCUGGAUCAAUAUUGUUUUCUUCUCCUGUAUGUCUGUAGCUUCCUUCAUUGCUGCUUUGAGAUUAAUCGCUGUUGACUCUAAAACAUAUCAUGUCUUUGCUGAUUUAGAGGGUUAAAUAUAUAUUUUUACACAUAUUUAAGCCUUAUUAACUAGGUUGAGUAAUCAGCAACUAGUAGUGUGUGAGUGUUUUUUUUUUUUUUUUUUUUUUUUAAAUUUUAUCAGCAACUUUAGUUUACACUUCCUAUUUGGCUUUUUGGUCCAUUUGGGGAUUUUCCUGUGAUUCUUCAUAGUGGGUAAUAUGUACGUAUUGCAUUGUAUUGGAGAGAAGGAUAAAUAAAAUGAAAAAUCAAAAAAUAAUAGGAAGCAUAUUAUUUUCCCCA